UCAAUGGCAAAACAUAUUUCAGAUCCCCCCUAAAAUUGACCACUUGUUGUCAGUAAGUGGGUGGUUCUUGACCAAAAUAAGCUGCAGAUAGACUUUGUGACGCCACAACACAUAUAUUUUUCACAUAUUGUAGGCUAUCUAGUAUAAUGACGAGUAUUUUGACAUCCUACUCAAGUUUACAGUUUACUCCUACACAUACUCGGACGAAGAUGAGAUUGCAGUCAAAUCAUUGUAAUAUCAGAAGAAUGUUGUAAAUCUUACUUUUCAGAGCUGAAAAUGUUAGAUCAAGGUACAAAAGCCGUGCGUUAAUUUCAUGCGUCUGAUAUUCGCGCGCUCGCAAAAUUCAAAAAUUAACGGUCAUAACGACCAUCUUCGUUUAUGGAUUUCUUAAUGAAUAACGCUUAUUAUGAGAUUAAGUGUAUAUGUUCGAGAUUUUAUUAAGAUUUGACAUAGUUUACUCAACAGAUUGUGUUCGUAAAUGAAACCAGAAGAUUUUAUCGUUUAAAAACAGAAAUGGGGCCGGGAAAUCGCUACCUCAUAAUAAUUUGUUGCUUUUAAAAUCCAUAGAUUGCUCUGAAGCUAUUGUAUAGAGACAAAAAGUAGAUUAUGCAAGGUUAUUAAACAGUUCUGAGGUGUAGUGCAGUUUUAAGAAACCGGUAUGUAGCUAACACGAAUGUUGAUCCACGAACAUGUCUUGUGUGUUCAAAAGCUGUCCAUGACACUAAUGCAGUUGUUGAGAGGUCGUGUGGGUUGUUAAGGGAAGCCUGCAGGUAUGAGCAGGAGUGCGUUUAGCCGAGACGGGUUUGUAAUUACCUGACUUGCAGUUGAUAUGUAGAAGUACACCGAGAGAGAGAGAGAGAGAGAGAGAGAGAGAGAGAGAGAGAGAGAUGGAGGCGGGUCAGAGCGGAGCGGAGGAGCAUCUCUCUUUUUCAGCUCUGUUCGGUUCGGAGGCGCAGUGACGGACAUCCCGGAGACGAGCGCACUGGACGCAUUAACAUAAUGUAGUCAGUCUUGAGCAAGUAGAUUUCAAGUUUGAGAACCUAUUCUCUCCAUUCGCUCAAUGUGAAAUGGGCAUUGCGCAGUUGUUGGCUUGACUCUGUAAGCACUUAUGCCUUAAAGAAUGAGAGUCUUAGGGAGGAGGACUGUAGAAAUGAUGCUACGCGGAGAUGGAGAAUGGAGGACCCGCAAAAGUGCAUGACAAGCGGGUCAGUGUCGGUUUGAAGAAAUCAUAAAACGAGGAGAAACACACACAUUACCACCUGAAGCCAUGGGGAUACGACAUCUCCUACUUCUGCUGGUCUAUCUAGACCCGUUGUGCGUCCUGAGCGCAUCCACAGCCAAGAGGAGCAAACCCCCUCCAAAGAGACCCCAGAAAGUGAAGGAGGUUAACAGCACCGUUGCUCCAACAGUGGCACCACGACGGAUCACACAAGUCCAGGCGCCCAUCGUGGGUGAUCACGAUACCUGUCUCGGCUACUACGAUGUAAGCGGUCAGUUCGACAAAGAGUUCGCCUGCAACAACACUGACCACCGGUACUGCUGCGGGAGCUGCUUCCUGCGCUUCUGCUGCCCCGUGAAAGCCAAACGAGUGGAUCAGAGAGUCUGUACCAACUACAACACGCCCGACUGGAUCAAAACCCAACCGCCCUCACCCGCACCCACAGGGGACACGUACGACCCUGCACUGGACCAGACCAACACCACUGUCUACAUCACCUGCGGGGUCAUCACCCUCAUUAUUAUCCUGGGGAUUUCUGCCAAAGUGGCCUAUGAUAAAGCCACCAGACAGCCUCAAGAGAUGAAUGUCCAAAGAGCGCUGGCGGACAUAUUGAGACAGCAGGGGCCCGUUCCGAUAUCACAGUACGAGCAUGAAAACAUCGCAGCUAUAGAUGCCUCGCCCAAAGAGAACACGCCUGUACGGACCUCCAAGAACCACUACACACCUGUGCACAACAAAAACAACCAUGGGCAUUAUGGGAAAGAAAACUUCCGCAGUGGUCAGGACAUGCACAACUACAUCUCCUCUGGCUUCGUGACACUCGGCAGGGGUCAUCUGAAAGCGCAGCACUCCAUAGACGAUCUCGGGCAGCUGUCGUGGCAGGGCGAGCUGGACGUUCCUCUGUCCUACAAAACAUUACGCCCGUCCGCAAGGACCCAGUGUGUAAUGGCAGCAGAUUUCCAGCGGCCCCAUGAGCGGAAAGAUAACCAUCCACACGACUACACCAGCCAUCUGGAUCUCACUGGGUCACACACACCUAAAAUCGGACACCGAAUAGAGCACUAUGAGAAGCCGAGAAUGAACAACAUCCUGACAUCCCAGACAGAGCCGUACGACCUGUCGUUCUCCCGCUCCUUCCAGAACCUCACUCACCUCCCGCCGUCCUACGAGAUGGCCAUGAAAGCAGAAUUAAGUGACAAAGACGACGAGUACUACAUACGGAAGCACCAUCUGCCCGACAUGACUCCACGCAGCGGCAACCUGCAGACGCACAUGAUCAAGCUGAACGUGGAUCCGCCCGCGCAGCGCCAGAAGCCCAAGCGCGUCCAGCGCGCCAUGUCCCAGGACCACGUGCUCUCGCCCGCGCGCGCCAGGCCACACCGGGACUACGACCUGUCCACGUACACCGGAGGAGCCGGCGGUCUGUCUCCAUACCACGGCCGCAUCCUGUCCGAGGAGCAGCUGCUGUCGGCCGACCGACUGCUCUCCCAGGAUCCGCUGCUCUCCCCGGAUAAGAUGCUCUCCUUGCGGCGCUCCAACUUCCGGGAGAAGGCCAUGUCGCGGGCGCUUUCCCACACGGACAUGUUCGUGCCGACCACGCCGGUCAUGGACCGGCACUACAAAAUGAUGAAGAUGCACUCGCACCCCAGCAGCAGCAGCAACAACAACGAGUCCUACAACACACUGACUGUUAACAGCGCGCAGGUGGGAAAUAAACGGCAGGCGUUUGCCAACCGAAGGAUGCACACAGUCGACCACCUGCAGUACAUACCGGGACACCACCAUCAUCAGUACAGAACCGCAAGUAAGACCGAAGUAACUGUCUGAGAGAGAUGGGAGAAGACGGGAGAGCGAAUGAUGUCAACAAACAAUCCAGCUCGGGAAAUGUGUGGCCGUGGCGUCCCACUUCGACAGGUUUCUUUUUUUAAGCGUCCAACCUUGACCUGUUCUCGCUUCCAGCGCAAGCUUUCCACUCCAUCAGUUCUGGGUCAGCUGGGAUAAGAUCCACACAUUCCGAAGCGACCCGGAUCUCCUCGCACGUAGAGCAAACGCAAGGGCUUCAUGCGCGGACGCCGGACUAGAAACAGAGACCUGAAACUAUUUUUUCCAGAAUCAGGACUGAACUGUUAUGAACUUGCACUGACUUUAUAUACAUACAGUAUCAAAAAAAAAACUACACUGCCGGUCAAAGGUUUGGAAUAAUUAAGAUUUUUUAAUGUUUUUGAAAGAAGUCUCUUCUGAUCACCAAAUCAGCAUAUUAGAAUGA